AACUCAUUUUUCAAAAACUCGGAAAUACGUACAAUUAUGAUGUUUGGAACAAAAAAUGAAGGGCAUGAACGAUUAAAGAAACACGCACAAUCAUUUACAACCAUUAUGGACGACUUAAUCGCAAAUUUGGAUAGCCCUACGGCUACUGUAGCGGCAUUACGAGAGGCAGGAGAAAAACAUAAACACGCACAAUCAUUUACAACCAUUAUGGACGACUUAAUCGCAAAUCUGGAUAGCCCUACGGCUACUGUAGCGGCAUUACGAGAGGCAGGAGAAAAACAUGUAUUCCCAACAAGAGAUCAAUAUGGAUGUCCUUUCCGAGCGUCACUUAUGGACCAAUUUGCUUCUGCAAUGAUCGAAAGAACUUUGGAGUGGGGAGAAAAGAAGGAUAGAACAGAAGUGGGUUCGCAUUUGUACGUUAAUCACCAAUAG